AUGGCUCUUUGUCUUGCAAAUUCAUUGGUAGCUCGACGCGACUAUGUUCCUUACGAUCAAUUGGUUCGUUACAAGUGGUGGUAUCGACACGGUUACAUGUCCUCUGUGGGUCACUGUUUUGAUAUUGGUUCCGCCACGAAACACGCUUUGGCGAAAUUUGAAAACCGCCAAGAGGAAUUUGCAGAAGAACACAAAAUUCCUCUUGAUCAAUUAGAUUAUCUUUCAGAUUCUAAACUUUUGAAUAAGUUCAACGUGCAUUGCGGUGCAGAAGGUGCAGCUGGCAACGGGGCACUAAUGCGACUCGCCCCUGUACCACUAUUCUUUUAUCAACAUCCUACUAAAGCUGUCGAAUUUUCGGGACAUAGCGGACUCAUUACUCAUGGUGAUCGAAAAGCCUAUGAUGCUUGCCGCUACUACGGUGCUCUGAUUAUGAGUGCUCUCCAUGGUGAAGAUAAAGAGCAGAUGCUUGACGAAGACUUUUACUCGAAACACGAAAAAUGGUUUAAUAAUAAACCACUCCAUGCGAAAAUUCUAGAAGUUGCUAAAGGAUCUUACAAGAAAGAUGGAUAUGAUCAAGGAAUUCGAGGUAACGGUUACAUUGUCGAUACUCUUAAAGCUGCUUUAUGGGCAUUUUGGUCUGACAAUGGAGAUUUUGAAAAAGGUGUUCUUGCUGUUGUAAAUCUGGGUGACGAUACUGAUACAACAGCGGCUAUUUAUGGUCAAUUAGCUGGUGCCUACUACGGCUAUGAAAAGUUACCCAAAAAAUGGGUAGAGCAAGUGUAUGCCAAAACAUUGAUUUCAGGUUUGAGUAAAUGGAUGGUUUAUGAAGGUUCGAAAUGGCUACCAGAAGAAUCGGCCACGUCAACUAUAUCUUCUGUGAUUGUCGAAUCAGCGUCUCGUGACGGGAAUCAGUCAUCUUUUGAACGGGCAAGGUGUUCAAGUGCGCAACCAUGGACAAAACAAGAUCAAAAGUUUGGACCGAAUUCCUCGGCAGAAAAGCUAGAUGCAACAUCAAAUUUAUCUUCAAAAUUUGAACAAUUGAAUAGUCAUAAUGCAGGUCAUCGGUCACGACAAAAUAAUCUUCUUCAGCCGGAUCCUUUAGUGAGAUCCACUUCAAAUAGGCGAUCUACAUCGUCUCAUCCAAAACCACCACAGCACGACGAUCUUACAUCAGUAUCUAAACGUAAGAGCUCUAAAUUUCUCACUGACAAUAUUGAAUGA